CUCAUUGUUUGGGUCUCAGUGUAGCUCUGCUCUGCCGGCAGAGCGAGCGACGGGUUGGAGGAAAAUGGCGGACGGUGUGGAUCACAUCGAUAUCUACGCCGACGUAGAGGAGGAAUUCAACCAGGAAGCCGACUACCCGAUCCACGACCAGAUCGACCUGUAUGAUGAUGUGAUAUCCCCAUCAGCCAACAAUGGAGAUGCUCCGGAGGACCGCGACUAUCUGGACACACUGCCUACACAGGGUGGCUCAGAGGGAGGGAAGAGUUCCCAACCCAAUGUGGUGUACACCUACACAGGCAAAAGGAUUGCCCUGUACAUAGGAAACCUAACAUGGUGGACGACUGACGAGGACCUGACAGAAGCUAUCCGGUCGGUCGGCAUCACAGAUGUGCUGGAGAUCAAGUUCUUUGAAAACAGAGCCAAUGGCCAGUCAAAAGGGUUUGCACUGGUGUGUGUGGGCUCGGAGUCAUCUUCCAGGAAGUUGAUGGAGCUGCUGUCAAAGAGGGAGCUCCAUGGUCAGAAUCCCAUCGUCACGCCGUGCAACAAACAGUCCCUCAGCCAGUUUGAGAUGCAAUCACGCAAAACGUUAUCUCCUCAUUUCCAAGGUGCCCAGUCAGGCCAGAUGUCCGGGGAAGGCAAAGCCGGGCCCCCUGGCGGUGGCCUUCGUGGAGGGGGUUUCCCCAUGGGUCGAGGCAGAGGCAGAUUCCCCGGACCACCCGGCCCUGGAGGCGACCGCUUCCCUGGUCCACCCGGACCCGGAGGACCACCUCCACAUUUCCCUGGCUCGGGAAUGAGACCAGAUCUGAUUAGGCACCAAGAUGGCCCUCUGAUGGAUAUGAGUUUCAAUCCCUUCCCGCCGGGGGGCAGGAACGGGAACUGGCGUGGCAGAGGUGGGAUGCAAGGUCCACCACGUCCCCCUCCUGGUCCACCCGGACCCCCUGGUCCUCCAGGACCUCCACCUCCUGGCCAGGGUCUCCCCCCUCUCCACCCUGGUCCUCCAAAUCGUGGUGACAGGCUUCUUCCCCCUGUUCUCUUCCCUGGUCAGUUUGGCCAGCCUCCCAUGGGCCCCCUGCCCCCAGGCCCCCCACCUCCAGGUUACGGGCCUCCUCCUGGUCCCCCGCCACCUCAACAGGGCCCACCUCCCCCGGGACCCUUCCCUCUGCGCCCCCCAGGCCCCCUUGGGCCCCCCAUGUCUUUGGCUCCACCUCCACACAUGCCAGGUCCCCCACCAGGUGGACCACCACCAGCACCCCAUGUCAACCCUGCCUUCUUCCCCCCACCUGGCAACAACAACAUGCCCCCCAACGACAACCGAGGCCCCCCCGGACCAAACGACCCAUACGGACGCCCGCCACCAUAUGACAGAGGGGACUACGGUCCUGGAGGCCGGGAAAUGGAGGCGUCCCGGACCCCACUGAGCGAGGCAGAGUUUGAGGAGAUCAUGAACAGGAACAGAGCCAUCUCCUCCAGCGCAAUUUCUCGAGCAGUGUCUGACGCCAGUGCAGCUGACUAUGGCAGUGCCAUAGAGACCUUGGUGACAGCCAUCAGUCUGAUUAAACAGUCCAAAGUGUCGGCGGACGACCGCUGUAAGGUCCUGAUCAGUUCCCUGCAGGACUGUCUCCACGGCAUUGAGUCAAAAAGCUACGGUUCUGCCUCUAGUCCAAUGAUGCUUCUCAAUGCCAGGCGAGAACGUUCCAGGGAACGGGACCAUAGCCGCUCCAGAGAAAAGAGCCGGCGUCACAAGUCUCGUAGCCGUGAUAGGCAUGAAGACUAUUACAGAGAACGCAGCCGGGAGCGCGACCGCCAUCGUGAGCGGGACAGGGACCGAGACCGCGAGAGAGAGCGCGAAAGGGAGUACCGACACCGCUAGACGAUAAGAAAGCUAACGAGGAUCAAGGAUGGAUGGAAGGAAAAGGAGGAAGGAUUUCAUUGCGCCACCACCUCCCCGCCCUGCAUGACCGGACAGGAUCAAAGCACCACCUCCUCCUCCAUCUCUCCUGUCCACCAUACUUCUCUCUUGUCUGUUCAUCUUGUCUGCCUGAAUAAGAGCAGUGGAUGGAAGACCCUGACCUGUGUAAGGCUAUGUUAUCCAAACAUCUAUACUCAUGUUAACUAAAGAUGAAAGAAAAGAAACUUUCCUGACGGUUCUUUUAUUUUUAUGAUGUUUUAUUUGACAAGAAAAUGACUGUGAUGCUUUUUUUUGUUGCAAAGAAACGAUAAAAUGGCCCACCGAUCCCUUACUAGAAGACACAAACAUCACAUCCCGUUUGCUUUUUAUUUUCCCUUGGCUCGCUGUACUGUGUACAUUCAGUUUAGAGAUCAUUUUUAUAGGGUACAUAUUUGAUGUGUUCUCCCCUCCCCCUCCUCUCAUUCUCAUGUAUUUUUUUUGUUGUUAGAAUGUUUGUAAAUGUCUCUCUGCUUUUGAUUAAAAACUAGAUGGUGUUGUAAUAAAAAAUGUUUACUGAUGUACUCGAUGCAGUUGGUGAAUUCCUCUACAUGUUUGGCUCAUUUAUAUUAAAUGUGUAUUUUGGACUGCAAACUUCAUAAUGAAUGUCCACCUUUUUGAUUUUUUUUCUUCUGUUUUCUAGCUGUAUUAGCAAGCGGCUUUAUGGUUUUGGAAAAACAAAUCUUUUUUUGUUGUGUUCUUUUCUCUAAAUGGAAAAAACUUUUAAAAGGUAAGAUGAAUGUACUUUAUUGCAAUGUGAAAUGAUGUGUUGCUGGGAAGAUGUGUAGACCUUAAACGGGUUGAAGCUCUAAACUAUUUCAGGCAGCUCUGGUACACGCAUACCUUGACCAAAAAACAAGAGGCAAAUGCUGUUUACAAAGUGGUUUCUGUUGUGUCUAAUCGCGCUGACUAGCUAGUGCCACGAUCUCCCUAUUCAAAUUUGUCUUAUGUUCUGAUGUGAAAUAUGUUCUUAAUCCAUAUAACUUCAAGCAGGGAUUGUAGUAAACAUGUAAUUGGUGAUCCUUUCAAUUUUAAUUCUAAAUUAGAUCUUCCAUUUCAAGUAAAUUUUGCUUUUACACAAUUUUGUCCACAUUUUUGUAUAUUCAUGUGUAACACUUGGCCCUGUCACUCCACAACAUAAGCAACAGAUUCAGUGCAGGGUCUUUAUAAGCAACUUUUUAAACAUGCUGUCUGCACCAUCUCACUAACGUUGUCAUAUGCACGCAUCAUGUCUUUCUUUCCAACACCCAUAAUGUUUGUCUUGCAUUUUUGUUGGGCUGUGAUUGUAUACACUUUUGUGAUACAGAGCUUUUAGUUGGUAGUAUUAAGUAGAUCGUUUAGGCCAAUAAGCACUGAGGUUCAUGUCUGUUUUUUACUGUCUGAUCAAUAUUUUUAAUUACAAAAUAUAUUUGGCGUAGAUAUCCUGAUAUUUGACAUUGGCCAGUCCAGUUGUUGAAUUUUAGUAAAUAAAAAUUGGGGAAAAUAUA